CGCCUGCUCCGCUGCCAAGCGCCGCACGUCCCCCAAAUGCGCCAUCGCACGUGCCAGUUCAAAGAACGCACGUUCCCCAGGCAUCUGCGAAGAACGCGAAGCCUGGCCUAGGCGCUCCAGGACACAUCUACGACUUCGUGGGAGGUGGCCUUCAUCUUGGCCAAGACACGCUAGCGGUGAGCCCUGACAAAGAUGCAGAGCGACAGCUGAGCAGGCGAGCUUCUGACCAGAAAGGCCUGGUAAGGCACUCCUUGGAGGUAGAGAUCACUUCCUCCAGAGGGCUGCGAAAUGCUGACUGGGUGCCCUUGGUCGGUGGGACCUCCGAUCCUUACUGCCUUUGCCAGGUGCAAGGAGCGGGAAAGACCAAAUAUCAGACCAAGACUGUGGACAACUGCACAGAACCAGUGUGGAAGGAGUCAUUCAGCGUCGACGACUUCUACGAGGGUGACGUACUCCUGUUCAAAGUGAGCCAACAGAACGAGAAGAAGAGAAAAAAGUGA